AUGGCUGCCGUCACCGCGCACGCGAAGAUCACAGCAAGCACUACGCUUCCAGAGACGACCCGACAGGAGCUUGCAAAGGCGUUGACGGGAGCCUUCGACGAGAGCAAAGGCAAAUUCACCAUCGAUUUUGAAGAUGUUUGGAGAUUCCUGGGGUACAGCACUAAGGGCAAUGCGCUGCAGAAGCUGAAGGAUCGGUUUCUGGAGGGCGAAGAUUUCAUACACAAACGGGAGAGAGUUGGAUGCCAGAUUGGGAUGAAAGACUUUGGUGGAAGGCCAACGGAUAAAUACUACCUUUGUGCGGUUGCUUUCGAGCACUUCUGCAUGACCGCUCCGGGUGAACGUGGCAAGCUGGUCAGGCAGUUCUUCAUCUGCUUGAAGGCGGAGUACUAUCGAACGUUGGAAGGGCUCGGCAAGCGGCGUCGCCAGGACAUCAUGGAUGCGAGCCAUCGAUUUGUCGCCACGGAGCAGGAACGGCUGGCCAAAGAGCUCGACACAACCUUGAGUGGCACGGAGAAGGAGGUGCAACGCAGACUUCAGAAGGACGAGGGAGGGGCCGCCGAGGUCCCAUGCAAGUACGGGCGCGUGGAUCUCCUGACGGAUACUGAGGUGGUUGAAGUGAAAGCCAUCGGCGCAUGGAAGCACGCCCUAGGGCAGGCUCUGGCGUACUCGGGCUGUUUUCCGGAUCAUAGCCCGAGAAUCCAUCUCUUCGUGGACGAGCUGGACGAUGCCGUGGACGUCACUGGAAAGGAGCCCGACAAGUACUUCCUGUCGAAGAACGCGUUCGAGCACUUUGCGAUGUCCAGCCCGGGCGACGUGGGCCGCAAGGUGCGGCAGUUCUUCUUGGCGAUCAGGGACGCGUACGUGAGCCGGGCUGCGUCGGCAGCGGCAGCCCCCGUCCAGCCCCCCGAGGCUCCGAGGGUGGAUCCUUGGGACCAGGCGCGGUGCGACGGGAUCGCGAUGUUCUGGCAGAAGUCGGCAGCCAUCAAGCGGUACUUGGAGGCGAGGAGGGCGAGCAAGGACGUGGGGUGGGCGUUCUACAGCCAGGUGGCGACGCUGCUGAACCAGGCGAUCGUCGGAUUCGCAGAGUCUACCAAGGGCUUCAAGGAGAGCCGGGGCAUCCCCCCUUCGCUCACGGUGCCCGACAUGUUGGACGGCUACGGGCAGUCGGUCCGUGCUACGUUCGAGGUGGCGUUCGAGAAAUACUUCAACCGCCCAGCUGCGGAGCUGGCGCUGAUGUCCCCGGCCGGCGUGCUGAAGGACCUCGCUCAGAUGCGGGACACAAUGCAGGCGUACCUCAGAGGCGUGCACAUGGACGACAUCAAGGACCGGCUGUUGGACGUGCCGGAGGCCAAGAGACGCAAAAAGGAGUACGGCGAACUGAGAAAGAGCAAUGCGAUUGGGCCGUCUCAAGUCGCAAUGAAGGUGUUGGAGGGAAUUCAGGGGCAAGCUGCAAGAUCGCUUUGUACAUAG